AUGCGUUUUUACGCUGUAUUCUUUUUCCUGCUUUCAGUUUUUACUGAUUGCACGUUUCCAUUGCUUCGGAUUAAACGUGACAACAAGUUGAGUACUCGAUGGAUUUCAAGAAGAGUCAUUGAAACCAAAGAUGUAAAAAAUGUUAGCUGUUACAUAACUUUGGAUUGUUUUGAAUUAGCCGUUGUUUCAGGUGGUAUUGAUAUACCAUACACUUUAGAAUCUGUCAUCACUUGCCUAAUACCAGGUCUUAAUGAAUAUUUUUGUUUCGGAUCGAGAGCAAACGUGUUUGAACCUCGUGAACUAUUACUUACGAAUAAGAAAGGUCAUUCUUUUGGCAACAAUAACGGAGUUGACGUCAGACUGCUAGACCUCUUCAAUGUACCAACGAUUGAGGAUCAAACGAACAUUGGUGAGAAAAUUGGCGCUAUUUGGACACAUGACGGAGUUGAAUUUGGUCGCAGACACGAAGUCUUCAAGGGAUAUGCUCAGAAUAUAGGAGGUGUUGUGGAGUACGGUAGAGGUGUAGAUGUGGACAUAGGUGGACGUGCAGAUGUCGCCGAUGGUGCUGUACAACUACAGUUGAGUCCAUUGGGUGUCAAUGUUGGUCGACCAGGAAAGGGACUAGCCAAUCCACUUGGAUAUCCAUUAGCACGAUCAUUAGCAACCGAGCAAGGCAGGCGAUGGUACCGUAGUCAGUUUUAUCGAGAAGGAGAUGAAUAUAAAACUCCAGCCGAACGCGCGUGCCCUUGGUGUUUGUUUGGUGCAUAA